GCCGUCAGCAUCGGUGCGGGACCCUCGGAGAGAGCCGGCGACAUUCCGCAAGCUUGCAAGGGACCGCGAGUGACGUGAGGACGGUCUCUUGGAAACACGUGUUUGGGGCCGUGCACCUUUAUGGCAACCAUGGACUCCUCCACCAGUGUCUCGUCCCGCGAGUCCCUCUAUUCUGUGGACAGCACCACCAGUGAAGAAGAGGAGGAUGAGCCCUGCGCCAACUUCGAGGUCUUCCUUUCAGACAGCAGCAGCAGCGAUGCAGAGAAGGCGGUGGGUCCUUUGAGGAGUCGGCCGGGCGCUUACCCGGAUGAGCAGAGCUUUCGAAACACCCCGAGAUCCAAGCGGACUAAUCUGAGCUUGCCUGGCCAGGGCCGGAGGCCUCUUGGCAGGUUGACUUCAGCCCGGCUGCGGCCUGCCAGUCACUAUUGCCGUUACCCCGCGGCACCGGAAGAAUCCUACUGCGCCCGCUUGAGGGAUGCAGACAGCGGGUUGCCCAGGAAGGCAGCGAACCAGAGGAGGGUGGAGAGCGGAGGGCGCAAACGGCCCAGCAGUGCCGUGGGAGGGGGCCAGCCCCUGGGACGUGCAGUGCAUUCCUCCCUGGCGGGGGUCAAGAGGUAUCGGAGCAAGGAGCUGGCGGCCGGAGCGGAUCCGUGCACCCUCGGCUGGACUGAAGGAGAUCAACUGUUUGCACAAAAGUGUCGGGAACUCCAAGGCUUCAUCCUUCCACUCCAGGAGCUUCUGGGCAGGCUGAGGAUGGGCCGCUUUGACAGAGGACUCAGCUCCUUCCAGCAGAGCGUGGCGAUGGACCGGAUCCAGCGGAUAAUCGGUGUCCUUCAGAAGCCGGGAAUGGGGGAGCGCUACCUGGGCACCUUGUUGCAGGUGGAGAGGAUGCUGAAAGUGUGGUUCCCUCACGUUGCCUUGAAGAGUUCGCAUACCAACUGUGGUACUGCGCCGGAGGAUGUAUCUGAAAUGGCAGAGAAACCUCCGUCUGCAGAGCCGGUCUCGCCGGGGAAGGCCGCUUGCAGGCCCAGCCCCGCACAGAGCCCCCCCACGGAAGAGCUCCACCAGACGCACCUCACGGACUCCCCCGACGACGGCAGGGCCGAAGCGUGGUGGGGGGAGCAGGCCCCCCUGCUGGCCGACUGGCCCGCCAUGAACUUGACCUGGAUCCACACGUCGCCGAUUUCGAACCCCCCCUUGGGCCCUGGGAACUCUGCCUUCGGGCAGGCCCUGCUGGGCCCGGCUCCCCCCAGCACCUACGGCAUCGUCCUCUUCCUCCACGGCGGCCUGGCCACCCCCGGGGCCUCUGACCGCUCCAUUUCUGGGACCCCCGCCCUCCCUCCCCCGGCCUGCAUCCAUUCGAGCCGGCUGCUCCCGAGUUGUGGGGAACUUCCGCGUUGCCAGAGCCUCCCGGGUGCCACGCAAGGGGGCAGCGGGGGCGGCCUUCCCGGCAGGUCCCUGGCCUGCCACUCGACGUCUCUGCCGUGUUUGCCGACGUCUGGCGAGAAACUGACAGUGCCCAGCGAGAGGCCGGAGUGUGGCAGCAGCUCCUGAGAUGCCGUUUCCCCGAACGUGUGAAUGUCUCCACCACCCUCGUGGCUUUUUUUUUUACGGAAGCCUCCACUUUAUUUACCCCCCUCCCUUUUUUUAACUUAAAGACAAUUAUUGUGCAUUUGACGGAGGAGGCUUUGCCAUCCAAGGGU